UAAGUCUUACAAUUGCUAAAGAUAGAACCAGAAAGGCUUCACCACAGAAAAGAUUAUCCGAAAGACAGGUCGGUUUCUCAGUCACGCCUGAGUAAUCACACAUUUUUCUACAAGAGGAAGAAAUGAGGCCUGAUAGUGCUUCUCAAAUAAUGAGACUCCUAGGGCAGACACGUGUUCCUUCAUUUGAAAAUACCAGUAAUCUCUCCAUGAACAGUGACUGCACCCAGGUUGUAGUACCAGAAGAAGUCUUUUUCACAAUUGCCAUUGCUGGAAUACUGGAGAACCUACUUGUCCUUAUAGCUGUGAUCAAGAAUAAGAAUCUCCACUUGCCCAUGUACUUGUUUAUCUGUAGUUUAUCAGUUUCAGAUAUGUUGGUCAGUCUGUACAAAACUUUGGAGAACAUCUUGAUCAUCUUAUGCAAAAUGGGGCAUCUGACACCUCGUGGAGACUUUGAGACCAAGAUAGAUGAUGUCAUGGAUUCUUUAUUUGUUCUGUCUUUGCUGGGGUCAGUUUUCAGCUUGUUAGCCAUUGCAGCUGACCGAUACAUAACUAUAUUUUUUGCAUUACAGUAUCAUAACAUCAUGACACUGAAUCGUGCUUUAAUCAUUUUGGCAGUAAUUUGGGCAUUCUGUGCGGGGAGUGGCAUUGCUAUGACCAUCUUCUCCCAUGAAACAGCUACAGUCAUUUCCUUCACUAUUCUGUUUCCUUUUAUGUUAAUUUUUAUAUUAUGCCUCUAUAUCCACAUGUUCCUGCUUGCACGAUCUCAUGCCAAAAAGAUCGCUUCACUGCCUACCAGUGCAGUUCCCCAGAGAGUUAACUUGAAAGGAGCUAUUACAUUAACUAUUUUCUUUGGUGUUUUCCUUUGCUGUUGGGGACCCUUUCUUCUUCACAUCCUCCUCAUGAAGUUUUGCCCACUUAACCCUUACUGUGCUUGUUACAUGUCCGUUUUCCAUGUGAAUGCAACACUCAUCUUGUGCAAUGGCAUCAUUGACCCUAUGAUUUAUGCAUUCCGAAGUCCAGAAUUACGGAGUACAUUGAAGAAGAUGUUCUGUUGCACCAGAUCAGACUGGAAUUAA